CUCCGAGAAGUGCAGCAUUGGCGUAACUGGCGUUUAAAAACAUCUCUCGCGAUGGCCUCUGCUACAGAUAACCGUUAUGGGCAGAAGGAGUCCUCUGACCAGAACUUCGAUUAUAUGUUCAAGAUCCUGAUCAUCGGCAACAGCAGUGUAGGAAAGACCAGCUUUCUGUUUCGCUAUGCAGAUGAUUCCUUCACUCCGGCUUUCGUUAGCACAGUGGGCAUUGACUUUAAGGUGAAGACCAUCUACAGAAAUGACAAGAGGAUCAAGCUGCAGAUUUGGGAUACAGCAGGGCAGGAGCGCUAUAGGACCAUCACUACAGCCUACUACAGGGGAGCCAUGGGCUUUAUCCUCAUGUAUGAUAUCACCAAUGAAGAGUCUUUCGCUGCUGUACAGGACUGGUCUACACAGAUAAAAACAUACUCGUGGGAUAAUGCCCAGGUGCUUUUGGUGGGCAACAAGUGUGACAUGGAUGAUGAAAGGGUGGUGGCUUCUGAAAGGGGGCGGCAACUUUCUGAACAUCUUGCUGAAUGCUAACGUGGCUGCUCAGUGGGUGUAACUAUGGUGACUUCCACAUAUGAGAGACAUAUGUGGAGACCUGAUGUGAUCGGUCACACUUACUUACUUAACCGCAUCCAAUGGAAGCCGGUGAGAUGAUGAAAUUCUUCCUCCAGCUCACCCUGUCCAACAUAGCCGUAUGAAGUUCUUUUCUCUCCAAACCAGUGUCAUUCUUGAGGACUUUCUUCAAGGCGAUGUGUGGUCGCCCUACUCGUCUACACACAUCUGGGGUCCAUAGCAGAAUUCUACCAGCAGGUUCGUUCUGUCUUGACGCAUGCCCAGCUAAGGCGAGCCACCGGUGCCUUAUGGCAUCAGAAAGGCAAGGAUUUGACCCAUAAAAUGCUUUGUUUGUGAUAUGCGCUUUCCAAGAAACGUUUUGAACUUGUAUCAGCAUGUGAGUGUAUGUGCCAUCAAUUCUCUUCGUAGGAGUUUUUGUUCAUGCCCAUGAGUCAGAACCAUAGGCGAGAAUGGUCUCAACCGAAGCCUUGAAUAGCCUCAAAUUGCUUUCUUGAUCGGAGAGACCCAUACUUUAGCAAGAGAAUUGAGAGCUCCCCAAGCCUUUCCUAUCCUGGUAUCAACAUCAUGCACUGUGCUUAUAUUGCUGCCUAGGUACUGAAAGUCAUCAACACGUUCAAUCGCGGAACCAUCUAGAGCAAGCAUUUGAUGAUCUGUUCGGUCACAUAGACAUCAUAAAUGCUGAUAAUGCAGUGCAAUUUUGAAUAUACCACGGCUUGUGCUGGUAAAGCAAUAAGAAACUAAUGCUAGCAAAUUUUAAUGUUGCAUAAACUUUAUUUAAAGGUGCAUAAAUACUGUUUUAGACCGCGAGUUGGCCUAGUGGUUAGUGUGUCCGCCUCUCGAGCGGGAGAUCACGAGGUCUACUCGCGGUCGGGCCAUACCAAAGACCAUCAUAAAAAUGGUACCUACUACCGUCUGGCAAGGCACGCUGCAAUACAGAUGUGAGUGGAGAGUCAAACUCUCGCGGUUACCAGAGGACCAACCCCCCACUGUAACCCAAGCUGUAUAGAUGAGAGACCAAGGGCUAUCGAAACGGAGAUCGGCACCGCACCCAUACGCCUUAAAGAGUUUGUUAGUACUGGGACAGGAGACUGCCUGGGAAGACCAGAUUCUGGUAUGAGAGGGACUUUGACUUCACUUUGACAUACUAUUUCAGAAAUGUCGGAGAUGCAUAAACAUCAUUUACACUUGUUUAUGUGUGGUUAGGGGGCAUGUAGCAAACCUUCCCGUGGUGCCCCUGUUAAUCUUUCUCAGACACCAGUUGCUACAACACACACCACACCAUAUCAUACAUCCAGAAGUGGGAAAAGGAUAAACCCUCGGCUUCCAGACAAGGAGAUGUUCAGAGUCAUCUGUAUGCCGGAUAAUCACUGGCAUAAAAAGCAACACCCCUACCAGUUUUAUAUAGAUUGGCUGACAUAGCACCGCCCCACCUCUGACAAGAAACCAAUGCAAAAACAAAGUUAUAAACAGCAAAAUGACCCCAGGCACCCACUUCACGGUCACCAGUAAGUAAGACGACAAUUAAAAUCUCAUAAAAGCUUCAUAGUAGUGGAGGGCCUGGAGCAAACAAACUGAUGAGUCCAUGGCCUAUACAACCCCGAUUCCAAAAAAGUUGGGACAAAGUACAAAUUGUAAAUAAAAACGGAAUGCAAUAAUUUACAUAUCUCAAAAACUGAUAUUGUAUUCACAAUAGAACAUAGACCACGGGCGAUUGCUCUAAGACAACGAGGGAGGCUCAGCCUCCUCUAAAAAUGACGAACAUCGUGUAGGAUGAAUUGCGCUAGGCUUAUGUUAUAGCCGACUUUAUAACAUUGCUAUUUCAGAUCCAGAAUCAUAGAAAUAUAUGUGCUCAACCCAACUACAGUGCGAAAUCAUUCCGUUAUAACUUUCCCCAGUUCGCCUAAUGUGUGCGUGAGUUUUUCCCCCUCGUGACAGCGCGAUGCAGCCCAGCCUCAGUGGAUUGGGAGCUAUGUGCUUGUCAAUCUCAAAAUGCAAGACGAUUAUUGGACAAAUACUGUGAAAAUGCCCGCCCACGGAGUCUCACGGACUCCCAGCCUCAAUGGACUUCAACGGCAUUUGGGAGCUAUGCACUUUUCAAUCUCAAAAUGCAAGACGAUUAUUGGACAAGUACUACGAAAAUGCCCGCCCACGGACUCCGAGCCUCACAUGGGAGGGACAUGGCAGUUUCCGCGAGGAGACUGGUGAUUGGUGAAAGCGGCCAGAUAUUUUCUUUGAUUGACAGCUCGUUUCAACUAUAGACAGGCAGCGGUACAGUGUUGCCAGAUUGGGGGGUUUCCCGCCCAAUUGGGUGGUUUUAAGUGCAUUUUGGCGGGUUUUGAACAUAUUUUGGGCUGGAUAACGUCAGCAGUAUCUGGCAACAUCAGUUCAGUCCCAUGCGGAUUCGCAAGUGCUGUGGUGUAUUGUAAGAGAUCAGCUUACAUUUCGAUUUCAUUCAUUACAUACGGUUUCUACCAGCUUUUUUAUUUUGUAUAUAUUUUCAUUGUAAAUAAAGUGUAAAUAUAGUGUUGUCAAGUUUGCUAUCUUAGUUCCAG